CCCCCUUAUAUGUUUGUUUUUCUCAUUCCUUCACUGCACUAAGUAACUAGUUCUAACAUUUUCAAAUAUGUAACAACAAAUACCUGUGUGCUGACACACCUGCAAAAUAACAUAUAAAUGCUCACUGAUCUCGAGGCGCUGCAUUUUCACCUCAUGCUGAUCAUCUUCUUCUAAAGGAAAAGUUCACAACAAAAUGAAUUCAGGAAUCAUCGCCCUGCUGUUGCUCCUGUCUCUGGCAUUAGCCAAUUGUGGUAAGCUGCUUUUUAUAUUUUUUGUUUUUUAUCUUUUCUUUCUUUUCUUUGUAUCUAUUAAUAUUAGAUUUUAAUGUUUUAUGAUGAAAUGAAAUGAAAUAUUUUCUUCACUGAUCUUCACUGUUUGAUAUAUUCUACCAUACCUUAACUCUCACUUUGACUGCAAAUAUGUGCCUUAAACCCAUCUCUGUACUCAAUUCCUACUCUCGCAGGCACUCUCGUCCACAGAGCAGAGGUCACAAUCCCAGUAACCUCAUCUACCCUCCUCUGUUGUGUAAGUCUCAAACAGUGGUGGUAGGUGGGCUCUGGAAUUGCCAGUCUGCUGUGAAAAAAGCUGAUUUUAUCUCUGCUUUAACUUCCCAUUACUCCUUUGAUUUUCUUGCGCUAACAGAGACCUGGAUAUCCCCACAGAACACUGCUACACCAGCUGCUUUAUCCUCUGCCUAUGCUUUCACUCACUCACCACGAGAAACGGGCAGGGGUGGUGGUACAGGUUUAUUGCUGUCAAAGAAAUGGUGCUUUACACCUCUCCUCUUGUCACACUUAACCAACUCCUCUUUUGAAUUCCAUGCCAUUUCAGUUACCUCUCCAAUCAACCUUGUUAUCAUUGUUGUUUACCGCCCUCCUGGUCCCCUGGGUGACUUCCUGGAAGAAAUGGACACACUGCUUAGUGUUUUCCCUUCCGAUAGCUCCCCUCUGACGCUGCUUGGUGACUUCAACCUCCCCUCUGACAAGCUACAUUCUUCUUCCCUCCUGUCUCUUCUCGACUCAUUCACCCUCACACUCAACAGCUACAUCCCCACACACAAAGGAGGCAAUGCUACAGACGAGGAGGCAGCUACAGACGUGGCUGCUACCCCACUACACGUCUCUGAUCAUCACCUGGUAUCCUUCACCAUCACUCACCCUACCCUGCCUAAAACUACCUCUCACCCCCUUUGCUCUUACCCGCCGCAACCUUCACUCUGUCUCCCCUUCUUCUGUAGCUUCUGGCACUCUUUCUUCCCUUCCGGAUCCUGUGUCUUUUUCCUCACUACCAUUGGACUCGGCCACAGAUACUUUCCUCUCUUCUCGUUCCUCAACUAUGGACUUCCUCUGUCCUAUGUUCAAGAAAACUUCUUGUUCUGCUCCUUGGCUUUCAGAUGUGCUGCGCAACAAUCGAAGAGAGCUAAGAUCAUCAGAGAGAAACAUCUGCUCCACGCAGACUCUCCACUGGCAUCCCACAGGGCUCAGUACUUGGUCCUCUUCUUUUCUCCCUGUAUACUCACUCUCUUGGUGAAGUUAUUUCCUUACAUGGGUUCUCUUACCACUGAUAUGCUGAUGAUACACAACUUAUCUUCUCUUUCCCACCCUCAGAUGCCACAGCUUCUGACCGGAUCUCAGCAUGUCUGGCAGACAUUUCAUCAUGGAUGACUGCUCAUCUGUUAAAGCUCAAUCCUAACAAAACUGAACUGCUGUUCAUCCCAGGUGAUUCAUCCCCAGGUCAUGAUCUUGCUAUAUCCUUGCACAAUGAUCUGAUCUCCCCUUCAGCCACAGCUCACAACCUUGGGGUAACCAUGGACAAUCAAUUGUCCUUUUCCUCUCAUGUUGCUAAUGUGACUCGCUCAUGUCGGUUUCUUCUCUACAACAUUAGAAGGAUUCGGCCAUUUUUGUCCACACAGGCUGCUCAGGUACUUGUUCAGUCUCUUGUCAUUUCUAGACUGGAUUACUGCAACGCACUGCUGGCAGGUCUACCUAUGAACGCAAUCCGUCCUCUGCAAAUGACCCAAAAUGCAGCUGCCCGGCUUGUUUUCAACCUGCCAAAGUUCUCGCAUACCACCCCGCUGCUGCGAU